AUGGACUUUCAAGAUGCGUUGCGCGAUAUCAUGUACGGUUCUGUAGCAGGUGCUGCCGGUAAAGUCAUAGAAUAUCCUUUGGAUACCGUCAAGGUACGUCUGCAAACUCAGCCAGCGCACGUUUUUCCCAACAGCUGGUCGUGCAUCAAGUACACUUAUGCUAAAGAAGGAUUGUGGAAAGGGUUCUACCAAGGGCUGGGGUCUCCCGUCGCAGGAGCUGCUCUUGAAAACGCGGUCCUGUUUGUAUCAUUCAACCAGGCACAGGGGUUUCUAACGCAACACUUCGGCGAGUCCUUAAAUCCCACCUAUAAAACCGUCUUCGCUGGUGCGUUUGCCGGUGCCUGUGCCAGUUACGUGUUGACUCCGGUGGAGUUGGUCAAAUGCAAGUUGCAAGUGUCAAAUCUCGCAUCUUCGGAGACCCAGCAUUCAAAAAUUGGUCCCACCAUUAAGCAUAUCCUUCAAACUCGCGGUCUCGCUGGUCUAUGGCAGGGCCAAUCCAGUACGUUCAUCAGAGAAAGUAUUGGUGGUGCCGUAUGGUUCGCGACGUACGAGGGUGUCAAACGGUAUCUAGCACAGAGAAGAGGACAAGACAAUGUCAAAAACCAUACCUGGGAACUACUUGUCUCUGGCGCAUCAGCUGGUGUCGCCUUCAACGCCAGUAUCUUCCCUGCUGAUACCAUCAAAUCUACCGCUCAGACCGAACAUCUGGGUAUCGUUGACGCGACCAAACGCAUUCUGGCAAGAAAUGGGCCUGCAGGAUUGUAUCGCGGGCUUGGGAUCACUUUGUUGAGGGCGGCUCCUGCAAACGCCAUAGUAUUCUACACUUACGAGACCUUGUCUAGUUUGUAG